GUGCAGGAGGGGCUGCCCGGGGCUCGGCUGGCUGCGUAGCUCAACUUCAGCGCCGCCCCUACCUCGGCGUCGCAUCCGGGGAAGGUGGGACUUGAGGGCAGCUCUCUGCCCGCCAGGUGGCGCUGGCGAAACGCCACCUCGCGCCGCACCUACCGCUGAGCUUAGUGGCCCCGCGCACGGGCGCGCGCACCAUGCCCGCCGUGAGCCCGGGCGCAGCGGGCGGGGCCCGGCGCUCUCGCCGCCGCUAGCGCUCGGCCUUCCUCGCGGUGUGCUCCUUGGCAGGCCUGACGCGUCGGGGAAGAGCGUUCCCGGGUUGGGGAGGCUGCCGAGGUCUCCUCAAGGUUGCUUUCUCUGGCCUGACGAAAGGCACUGAGUCCCAAGAGGGGACUCCAGCGGGAACCACGCUUGAAGGGGAAGGAUUCAGAAUGCAGCUCAGGAAUUGAGAGUCGCGAGUGGGUAGAGCUGGGUCUCUGCCAUUCGCGAGCUCAGUUUAACCUGUUGAAGCUGGCCGGAACAGUGGGAGUCCGACUCGGAGCGAUCCCGGCGGUUCACCAGGCUUCGUCACCGCCCGCGCAGGCCUGCCGCCGCCCGCGGCUGCAGGGCUGGGUUUUGUGGACAGGGCUCCUGGCGAAAGCUGGGGAGCCUGCUGCGAGGGGCGCUGAGACUCCUGCUGUUGUAGAGCGGUCCACAGCUUAAAGCCGUCAAUCUGUCACUUGCCAAGAAUCUAGCUGAGAUAGCAGCUUCCAGGCCGAUUUGUCCCGGGAAGUCGGCUCCUCCAGCUCAACACAUCUGUCCCCAAAUCUACCUGACAGCCGCUGUGAACACCCUGCCUCCUGCUGGGACCGGAGGGUGCUGUCAUUAGUCCCGGCCCAGUGCAGAGCUGCUGGGGCUGGGUGGUCAUGGGGGAGGCCAGUAGAGAAGAGUAUAAAAUCCAGUCUUUUGAUGCAGAGACCCAGCAGCUGCUGAAAACAGCACUCAAAGAUCCAGGCUCUGUGGACUUGGAGAAAGUGGCCAAUGUGAUUGUGGAUCAUUCUCUGCAGGACCGUGUGUUCAGCAAAGAAGCAGGACGCAUGUGCUACACCAUCAUCCAGGCAGAGAGUAAGCAAGCAGGCCAGAGUAUCUUCCGUCGUGGACUCCUCAAUCGGCUGCAGCAGGAGUACCAAACCCGGGAGCAAUUGAGAGCAUGCUCCCUGCAGGGCUGGGUCUGCUAUGUCACCUUUAUCUGCAACAUCUUUGACUACCUGAGGGUGAACAACAUGCCUAUGAUGGUCCUGGUAAACCCCAUCUAUGACUGCCUCUUCCGGCUUGCCCAGCCAGACAGUCUGAAUGAGGAGGAGGAGGUAGACUGCUUGGUGCUGCAGCUGCACCGGGUUGGGGAACAGCUGGAGAAGAUGAAUGGACAGCGCAUGGAUGAGCUCUUUGUCCUGAUCCGGGAUGGCUUCCUGCUCCCAAUAAGCCUCAGCUCCCUGGCCAAGCUGCUGCUGCUAGAGAUUAUUGAGUUCCGGGCUGCUGGCUGGAAGACCACCCCUGCUGCCCACAAGUAUUACUACAGCGAGGUUUCUGACUAAUUCUGGCUUGGGAUUUGCUCCCUUCAACACCGGCCUUUCCUCAGCCCUCCUUCCAAGCUGGCUGAGAAGUCUCUGCCUCUCCCAAAGGCUUCCCCCUACUAGACCUGCCCACCUUCCCCACUGUGCUGGUCCUGCCCUGUUCCCUUUCCCCACCUAGGGGUUAGGGAAAUACCAAAGGCUUGCUCCCUAGGCUCAAGUCUGUCCCUUCUUCCCCCAAAGUCCUAUCAGCUUCUAUUACCUUCUACCAGGACCACGCAGAGAAGCCUAUUGACCACUGCACUGUAUAACCAUUAGUGCAACAGUACCUUGCUGCCUCAAUUCCCCAUCUAUGAAAUGGGUAACCAUGGGUUGCCUCAAGAUGCUGAGGGGCAGAACGAGAGCACUGCUUUUUCUACAUUUUUAAAAAGGACCACUGUGGAAAGAAGCCUAUUUCCUUCAAUGAGUUUUUUUUUUUUUGGACAGUACUGGGGAUCGAACUCAUGACCGCCUGCUUGCAAGGCAGGUGCUUAUGCUGCUGAGCUAAACCCCCAACCCGCCUUCAAUGAGUUUUAAUCAGUGGUACCUCUGUAUCAGGGAGAGGAUUUUCUAAUAAAUCUUCUGAUACUACA